CUUUGUUUUCUUCUCUCUCUCUUUCUUUAAUCUCGGCAUAAAAAACCAAAAGGAUGGCACCCAGGUACGAAAUUGCUGUUGGCCUCAACAAGGGUCACAAAACUUCAAAAAUUCGUGUAGCCAAAACCAAGGCUGAACAAGCUAAAACUGUUACCCUCAGACCUGCUCGUCUCAAGGGACGUGUUACCAAACACAGCAAAUUUGUUCGUAACUUGAUUAGUGAAGUCACUGGUCAUGCUCCAUAUGAAAAACGUGCCAUGGAGUUGUUGAAGGUCUCAAAAGACAAACGUGCUCUUAAAUUCUUGAAAAGAAGAUUGGGAACACACAUUCGUGCUAAGAGGAAGCGUGAAGAACUUGGAGCUGUUCUUGUCCAAAUGAGAAAAGCAGCAGCAGCUCAUCAUUAAGCCUUUUUUUUUUAUGAAAAUAAUAAUAAAAAAAAAAGUAAAAGUA